AUGUCAGAAUCUGAUGGGAAGCCCUUCCGGGUCAUGAUGUGGUGUGUACCCAGAUCCAUCUCAACUGCCAUCACCAAGUGUUUUAGUUUUAUUGAAAAUACCGAGAUCUGGUUUGAGCCUUACUGUUCUAUCUUCAUGUCUGCACAUGGAGUUCAGGCAGCUGGUCUUGACUUUCCAAAAACUAAGGCUGACAUUGAAUCAUUUCAGAGAACUAUUCAGGCACGAGACGAGGACGAUCAACUUCGCAAAACCUAUGACAAAAAACAAUUGGAUACAACAUUUCUAUUGCACAGUACAAUUCAAGAGGCCCUGAACUCCACUCCCGCCGACAAAAACGUUUUCGUAAAGGACAUCGCUCAUGGUGCAACUGGUCAUUACUGUGAUCUUCCGGGAAAACAGGCCGGGUUCCGGCAUACUUUCCUCAUUCGAAACCCUGAGCGAGUGUUUCCUUCAUGGCGAAGCCUCCUCUACAAGAUCGAGCAGAAGUUCCCACGUCCGAGGCAGAAAGAUCUCCAAGAAGACACCUUUAACUUCAUCGAAGAUGCAGCCUACGUAGCACCAGGCUUCUCAUACAAAUGCCAAUAUGAUCUCUGGCGCUAUGUCAGGGAGAAUUACGAUGACGAACCCGUGGUCAUGGACGUCGAUGAGAUGUUGGCUAAUCCAGGUGAACUGCUUCCAAAGUAUUUCAAAGCUGUUGGUAUGCCAUGGGAUGACAGAUACCUACGUUGGGAUCCGUCGCCAGAGGGCGCCUUACAAUGGCGGUGGAUGUUCAAGAUUGACCUCGAGCAGGAAUGGAUAGCUAUGAUUCACAAGGGUUCUCUUACGUCUAGUGAAUUUAGACCGUCUAAACCGACGAUUCCUCGCUCUCAGAUGACACCAGAUGUCAUCAAAGCCGUAGAUGAAACUAUGGGAUAUUAUAAAGAAAUGGCAAAAAAUAGGAUUACUGUUUAGAUGUAGUCAUGGUAGUGGGGUGAACAUCUAUACCGCCGUCGCAUUGUCAGUGUCCCAACCCCUUCCCCACUUCCCCCUGCCACCUCCCCCCAAAA